AUGUCCGCCCUGAAACCCGGCUCAUGUCUGCGCACUCUGGUUCUGACCCCUCAGAAGAUCCCGCGCUUCAUCAUCCCGUCGCGCAGUCCGCGGUUCGCGUCCCCGCGGCCCCGCUCCCCAGACCGGACCCGGCUGCUGUCGGACCCCGAGGAGGACGCCGGGCCGGCGAGGAGCCCCCCGGCCGCAGGGCCGGCGCCUCUGGGCGUCCUGCUCCGCCAGCCGCGGUCCCGGACCCCCCGGGAGGCAGCAGCCGCGGACACGGACCUGUCCACACGCGCCGCCAUGUCGCUGCCGCACGUGGAUAAGGUGACCGCGCCCUACGGCUUCGGGGCCGUGCUGGCCGCGAGCCCGUGCACGCGGCGGCGGGAGUCCCUUUUCCACCGGAGCACCCCGGGGGGGGCCGGAGACUUGCAGGACCGCCCCCCCGCACCGGCCACGCCCCGGAACAUGUGCACCCCCCCUGCCCCCCCGGGCCGGUCCCGGGUCGGUCUGCGUCCCGUCAGAGCCUUCGGUCUGCAGGUGAUGAGGGAGCUGAAGAGACCGGCGGCUGCUCUGAAGGCGCUGAGCCCCGCCCAUCGGGGGGCACCUCCCUUAUGA